CAGCAGUCACAGCAGUCACAGCACCGUGCAAUUGCCACUCACCUCGCCAUCUAUUUGUUUUGUCCUGUCGGAGCGCAUUCCCGUUCUUUCUCCUCUUUCACCCACCCGCUUCUAAUCUCCUCUCCCCUGUUCUAUUCCCCCCUCUCUCCCAACCACCGUCGAAAUGGCCUCUACCCCGCUUGCCAGCGCAAACGCCGCUGAUCCCUCCUCCCGCAAGGUCUUCACCAUCGGAACGCGCAAGUCCAAGCUCGCUCUGCUCCAAACCGAUCUGGUUCAGGCCGCCCUCAAGGCCAAAUGGCCCGAGUAUGAGUUCAAGAUCCACUCGCGUGAAACCGCCGGCGACCAGAACACCACCAUCGCGCUGCGGGACUUCACCACCAAGAACCUGUGGACACAGGAAUUGGAGGAGCUGUUGAUGGCCGGUCAUGUGGACCUCAUCGUGCAUUCGCUCAAGGAUGUCCCCACUCUGCUGCCGCCCUCAUGCACGCUGGGCCCGAUGAUGGACCGGGAAGAUACGCGCGACGUCUUGGUCGUCAAGCAGGGAUUGCCGUACAAGAGCUUGGCCGACCUACCUGCCGGUUCCGUGGUGGGCACCUCCUCUAUCCGUCGCACUGCCCAGCUGGCGCGGCGGUACCCCCAUCUUAAGGUCACGGACGUUCGCGGAAACAUCGGCACUCGUUUGUCGAAGCUCGAUGCGGAGGAUAGCCCCUAUGCCUGUCUGAUUCUGGCGGCGGCCGGUUUGCUCCGUCUGGACCUGCAGGACCGCAUCACCGCCUAUCUGGACUCCGAGAAUGCCGGUAUGCUCUACGCCGUCGGGCAGGGGGCUCUGGGUAUCGAGGUCCGCAAGGAUGAUCAGCUUGUGCUCGACAUGUUGACGGGCAUCGGUCACCAGGAGACGACUCUCGCCUGUUUGGCGGAGCGCAGCCUGCUGCGGACCCUGGAGGGUGGCUGCAGUGCCCCUCUAGGUGUCGAGUCGGAGUGGGUUCGCGAUGCCGAUGGCUCGUCCAAGCUGAGGAUGCGGUCGGUGGUGGUUAGCGUGGAUGGCAGUGAGAGCUCCGAGGUGGAAGUGGAUGGGUCCGUGGAUACCCCUCAGGCUGCUGAGGAGUUCGGCGUCACGGUUGCCAAUGCGCUGGUGGCCAAGGGAGCUGGAAAGAUCCUUGAAGAGAUCCAGCGGAACAAGCAGGCCUCUCAAUGAUGUCUUGUACAGUACAAAGAUGCUGUGGUGGAGAUGCUGGUCCUCUCCUUCACCGAAGGCAUGAAGGAUAUGAAAAGACGGAUACCCAUACAAGGAAACGGC